AUGGCUAAAGUUGGUGAAGCUAGUGGUCCUGGGAAUAAUAAUCAAAAGAAUCCCAGGAGACUCUUAGGAGAAUACUCUCAACAACUGGGGUCUAGAUAUUUUUCCAGCAUUGUGAGGCCUGUUAAAGGAGUAGAGAUGAAGCCAGCUCUAUUAUCUUUGAUCACAUCAAACCAAUUUGCAAGGAUGGACCAUGAGAAUCCCUAUAAUAACUUGACUACCUUUUAUGAGUUGAAAAGCAAAAACUUGGCUGCAAUCUCAUCCAAAUCAAAGUUUAACCCGGUGGGAGGAUGUGGAAAGAAAGUUCCAUCAGUGCCAAGUCAGCCAAAGCGACUUUCUCAUAAGGAGCCAAUGAGCCUUUGUGUGAAGCAUGAUGCGCUAAUGAAGGAUUCUGAAGAGGCCAUUACAAUCAUUGAUGCAUUAGCAGCUAGUGAUUUUCAAGCCCAUCAUGAUAGAAGCAACCCUCUACCACCAAAAAGAAGGGUUCUGGAGUUAGAUACUCAAAAUGUCAAUCCAAAUAAGCACUGCAAAUCUAUAACUACAAGGAAAGGCACUGUGAUUGGUAAAGGUAUAGGUGAUAUCUUGAAUCAGGAAGUUGAGGAAAGAGGGAAGAAGAAAAAGAAAGAUAAGGAAGUAGUGAAAGUCCCUCCUAUGAAAAAUCUGCCAUAUCCACAUGCUCCAUCUAAGAAAGAUAAGGAACGACAAUUUACAAGGUUCCUUGACAUUCUCAAGAGGCUUCAGAUCAAUAUCUUUUUUACAGAAGCUAUGGAGCAAAUGCCCACUUAUGCUAAGUUUAUGAAAGAGCUUCUAACCCAGAAAAAAAGAUUGAGUGAGAAAGAAACAGUGAAGUUGGAAGUGGGACGUAGUGCUAUCAUUCAAAGAUCUCUACCUCAAAAGUCUAAAGAUCCAGGAAGUUUCACACUACCAGUGACCAUUGGGCAACUUGCAACUGGAAAGGCAUUACUAUAUCUGGGGGCCAGCAUUAGUCUUAUGCCUUUAUCUAUGCUUAAGAGGAUUGGUGAUGUGGAGGUGAGACUAAUAAGAAUGACCCUACAUUUAAUUGACCGAUCUGUCAAGUACCUUUAUGGGAUUGUAGAAGAUCUCUUGGUGAAAGAUGAUAAAUUCAUGUUUCUAGUAGACUUUGUGGUAAUGGACAUGGAGGAGGAUUCAGAAGUCUGA